AUGAAGGAAAAGCUGUGGACGACAGUGAGCCUCGAGAGAACGAGCGUCGAUAAAUUACGACCAGCAUCACCACCAAAGACGAAUCCGUGGACAGCAAGGCCAUCUGCCACGGUUGCUGUCAGUCAGGAUUGGCCCAGUAUUACCCCAGAUUUCGAAAAGAUUGAUGAUGAAAGCGAGUCAAGUGGCGCGACAAGAAAAGCACUUCAUUCUUUUGAGCGAGGCAAUCACCAAAAGCGUGACGGCAAUAGGAUCGACACUGCCUCGACGACAAACCGGGAACGACCGGCACCACCGGCACCACCGGCAACACAAACUGGCGACGACAGCUUGUGGCUCCGACCUCUGGGUGCCGACAUUGUAGUCCGAGUAGCGCACGAGACAUUCCAAGUCCAUCGUAGUGUUGUAGAGCCCCAGUCUACAUGGUUCCGGGAGAAUCUUCCAGCGCCAGACCUGAACGGCACACCAAUCGAAGUCAACUUGCAAGUUUGCCACAUACCCAUAGGCUACACGCUCAGAUUCAUGUACACAAAGAGGCUGGAAAUAUGUCGGUAUGACCGAGAACACCCUCGCGACCUUAUUCAUAUACCCCGUAGCGCCCUUCUCUACAUCGGUGCCACGGACCUCGGCGUUGAGGCAAUGCAACUUCACAUCGUACAGCUCCUUCGGCAAACGGCACACGACUUGUCUGUAUAUCUGAGUACGGCCUUGGCCAAUCGGAAAAUGAAUCACCAAGAUAUACUUGGGGCCUUUGACCACCUUCGCAAUGCCCUGGAAGUCGCGCAUUCGUAUUGCUGCCAAGACGACAAAUUGCAGCUACGACUGGCCUUGGCCCAAAUAUUGGAUACGUUGCUCCCGUUUCUCAUUCAACACCCAGAAGUUCUGGACCUCUUCUCUUCUGACGUCUGGAGGAAAUACUCUGCAAACAUCUCAAUGGACCUCUUCACAGUUCGCCAGUCGAGAAACGUGGCUCCCCAAGCAUUGGAUGAAGAAGCAGAGGUGCCCUUUGGAGACGAAAAUGACUUUCAGUGA